AAAAGAGUCAAAUCAUAAUCAAGGACCCCUUUAGCUAGGAUUAAUAAAUGCUUUACAAGUAUUGUUCAUUGUUAGUUCAUGUUAACUGUAACCAUAUUGUAAAGUGUUAGUGAUUGUUACACAAUCAUUCGUGUGGUUUGUUAUUGUGAGUUUCAGAUGUGAGGAAGUGAAGCUCAUAAUGAAUCACGUCUGAACGGAUCAGCGUCACUGAAGCUUCACAGCAGACGCUCAUUACAGACCUUCAAUUUACCGUAAACCUGCUUUCUAGUCAGUACGGCUAUAAGAAUCAGUAUAAGAGGUGUGUGUGUGUGUGUGUAGUAACACUCGUGAUGAGAUAAGCUCUGACACACACACACACGUUCAGAUACUCAAACCUGCCCGGACCUGGAUGUGAUUAACACAUUAGUGCAUUAGUGACGCUCUGAGUGUGUGUGUGCGUUUGCAUCCAUCAGUAUGAAUUCUUCUCAGUUCUCUCUCGUUUGGUUGUGGGAUGGUAAUGAGGUCAAGGAAGCUCCGCCCAGUGGGAGGAGUCAUAGUGAGACAGAAGAGUGAGGCAUCAAUCAGUUCUGGAUCAGAUGUUCUGUCUCUCACACUGCAGCUCCUGCUUUAUGCUCUAGAUUCUUUAUGCUCAACAAAACACCUGGAACCAGAGCCAACACAUCACCGUCUGCCUGUCUGUUCUUCAGCUGUCUCUCUCUCCUGAGUGAUUCCAGACAGCAGAAGUUUUACCUGCCAGUUCAUGGGUCCGGGAGCCGAUCGGAUCAGAUGAUGUGGCUCCAGACUCUCCUGCUGCUCGGCCUUGUGGGUCUCAUGCUGGAUGUGUGUUAUGGAUAUUCAUCUGAGGAUGAGGAUUAUUACAUGCAAGAGCUUCUCAGUCGGGAACAUUACCAGCGCGUCUCGGAGGACCGAGCGACCGACGGCCGUCAGACACCCGGACGAGGAUUUGGGAAGGAGAGCAGAUCCAUAUCAGCUGCUUCCAAAGCAGCCGGCGGAUCUGAUUCGGCAUCAGCCGUGAAAACUGGAAACAAAAAGAGUGAGAAGAACAAGAAAGCAGUGAAAGCAGCCGGCGGCGUCAGUGACGGUUCGUUCACCGCUGACAAAGACGAUUGUCCUCCGCUGGGUCUGGAGACACUGAAGAUCGAUGACUUUCAGCUCCACGCGUCCACCAUGAGACACUACGGUCUGGGGCCGCACAGGGGCCGACUGAACAUCCAGGGCGGUCUGUUAGAGGACGACCUGUAUGACGGCGGCUGGUGUGCAGGACGAAACGACCCGCUGCAGUGGUUUGAGGUGGACGCGCGCAGACUCACGAAAUUCACCGGUGUCGUCACUCAGGGACGGAGCUCACUCUGGUCGAGUGAUUGGGUGAGCUCAUAUAAAGUUCUGCUCAGUAAUGAUUCUCACAGCUGGGUGACGCUGAAGAACGGCUCCAGAGAUCUGAUUUUCAUUGGGAAUCGAGAGAAGGAGAUUCCCGUCCUCAAUACCUUCCCGAAACCCAUGGUGGCUCGUUACAUCCGCAUAAACCCUCGAUCCUGGUUCCCCAACGGCGGCAUCUGCAUGCGUGUGGAGAUCCUGGGCUGCCCGAUGCCAGAUCCAAACAAUUAUUACCGGAGAAGAAAUGAAGUGACGACGACAGACAACCUGGACUUCAGACACCACAGUUAUAAAGAGAUGAGACAGCUGAUGAAGGUGGUGAAUGACAUGUGUCCGAACAUCACACGCAUCUACAACAUCGGCAAAAGCUACAACGGACAGAAGCUGUACGCCAUCGAGAUCUCGGACAACCCCGGCGACCACGAGCUCGGUGAGCCCGAGUUCCGCUACACGGCCGGCUCCCACGGUAACGAGGUGCUGGGCCGCGAGCUGCUGCUGCUGCUCAUGCAGUUCAUGUGUCAGGAGUAUCUGAGCGGAAACCCACGCAUACGCCACCUGGUGGACGAGACGCGCAUCCACCUGCUGCCCUCCAUCAACCCCGACGGCUACGAGAAAGCCUUCGCAGCGGGCUCGGAGCUCAGCGGAUGGUCUCUGGGCCGCUGGAGUCACGACGGCCUCGACAUCCAUCACAACUUCCCUGAUCUCAACGCUGUUCUGUGGGAAGCAGAAGCUCGGAAUUGGGUCCCGCGCAAAUUCCACAACCAUCACGUGCCCAUCCCGGACUGGUACCGCUCCGAGAACGCCACCGUGGCUGUGGAGACGCGCGCUCUGGUGUCAUGGAUGGAGAAGAUCCCGUUCGUGUUGGGAGGGAACCUGCAGGGUGGCGAACUGGUGGUGACUUUUCCGUUCGACCGCACACGCUCAGUGACGGCGCUCCGGCAGCUGACGCCCACCGCCGACGAUCACGUGUUCCGCUGGCUGGCGUUCUCGUACGCGUCCACACACCGCCUCAUGACCGACGUCAGCCGCAGGGUCUGCCACACCGACGACUUCGCCAAGGAGGACGGCACCAUCAACGGGGCAUCGUGGCACACGGCUGCAGGAAGUAUGAAUGACUUCAGUUACCUGCACACCAACUGUUUCGAGCUGUCCAUGUACGUGGGCUGCGAUAAAUACCCGCAUGAGAGCGAACUACCGGAGGAGUGGGAGAAUAACCGCGAGUCUCUGCUCGUCUUCAUGGAACAGGUGAUCAUACACACACACACACACACUCUCACACAAACACACACUCAAUAUUGUGCUGAUGGGUUUGAACAGGUGCAUCGUGGGAUCAAAGGUGUGAUCAGAGACGCUCAGGGGAAAGGAAUCGCUAAUGCCAUCGUCUCUGUGGAUGGAAUCAAUCACGACAUUCGCACAGCGUCUGACGGCGAUUACUGGCGUCUGUUGAAUCCCGGUGAAUACCGCGUGACGGUCCGCGCCGAGGGUUUCAGCGUCAGCAGCAAGGUGUGUACGGUGGGAUACGACAUCGGCGCCAGCAGGUGCGACUUUGUGCUCGGACGCUCCAACCUGUCGCGCAUCAAAGAAAUCAUGCAGAAAUUCAACAAGCAGCCAAUCAGCAUGCGGCAGCGACUGAGACAGCGGCGCCUACUGGACACAUAGAGGAGUGUGUGUGAGUGUGUGUGUGAGUGUGUGUGAGAGACUCUUUCCUGGACUGAACAGAAGCGACUGUGGCGUGUGAUGUUCACUAAUAAUCACCUGUAUUGUGUACAGGAGCUGUUUAUCAAGAGAGUAUUUUAUAUAAUGGAUCAUCAUCUUUUUUUCAUUGAUGUUUAUUAGCUUUAAAAUAUUUCUGCUGAAGCAGAUUCAUUCCUUUACUUUAUUUUUGAGUUUAAUAUCAUCAUAGAGCAUCUGUUCAGACAGUGACGUUCAUUACAAGCUUAUAGACUCACAAUAAUGAAUUAAUUUGAAUAACGUGAUCUUCCACACGCGAUCGUCUGUUGAGCAGAGUGAAUGUAAAGCAGGUCACGGGUUCGACUGGAUGAACUGAUUUAAAUGUCAGUACAUCUCUAUAACUGUAAGCAAAGCCUCAUAUCAGCGUCUGUUUACAUGCUGUAACAUCUUUACAACAUCAUCAGUAUUAUCAUAUUUGAAAUGUUUUGUUGAAAAUUCCGUGUCAUUUCUGAGAAUGUAUUGAGAAUAUUCAUGCAUACAACAGCAAUAAAGCUUCAGAGAACUGAUCCUAAUA